CCGCCUCUUCCUCUCGGUCCCAUAUUGAACUCGAGUUGGAAGAGGCGAGUCCGGUCUCAAAAUGGAGGUAAAACCGCCGCCCGGUCGCCCCCAGCCUGACUCCGGCCGUCGCCGCCGCCGCCGGGGGGAGGAGGGUCAUGAUCCAAAGGAACCAGAACAGUUGAGGAAACUGUUUAUUGGUGGUCUGAGCUUUGAAACCACAGAUGAUAGCUUAAGAGAACAUUUUGAGAAAUGGGGCACACUUACAGACUGUGUGGUAAUGAGAGAUCCCCAAACAAAACGUUCCAGGGGCUUUGGUUUUGUGACCUACUCUUGUGUUGAAGAGGUGGAUGCUGCAAUGUGUGCUCGGCCACACAAAGUUGAUGGGCGUGUGGUGGAACCAAAGAGAGCUGUUUCUAGAGAGGAUUCUGUAAAGCCUGGUGCCCAUUUAACAGUGAAGAAAAUCUUUGUUGGUGGUAUUAAAGAGGAUACAGAAGAGUAUAACCUGAGAGACUACUUUGAAAAGUAUGGCAAGAUUGAAACCAUAGAAGUUAUGGAAGACAGGCAGAGUGGGAAAAAGAGAGGAUUUGCUUUUGUGACUUUUGAUGACCAUGACACAGUUGAUAAAAUUGUUGUUCAGAAAUACCACACUAUUAAUGGGCAUAAUUGUGAAGUGAAAAAGGCCCUUUCUAAACAAGAGAUGCAGUCUGCUGGAUCACAGAGAGGCCGUGGAGGUGGAUCUGGCAAUUUUAUGGGUCGUGGAGGAAACUUUGGAGGUGGUGGAGGUAAUUUUGGUCGUGGUGGAAACUUUGGUGGAAGAGGAGGCUAUGGUGGUGGAGGUGGUGGCAGCAGAGGUAGUUAUGGAGGUGGUGAUGGUGGAUAUAAUGGAUUUGGAGGGGAUGGUGGCAACUACGGUGGUGGUCCUGGCUACAGCAGUAGAGGAGGCUAUGGUGGUGGUGGACCAGGCUAUGGAAACCAGGGUGGUGGAUACGGUGGUGGAGGAGGAGGAGGAUAUGAUGGUUACAAUGAAGGAGGAAAUUUUGGUGGAGGUAACUAUGGUGGUGGGAACUAUAAUGACUUUGGAAAUUAUAGUGGACAACAGCAAUCAAAUUAUGGACCCAUGAAAGGGGGCAGUUUUGGUGGAAGAAGCUCAGGCAGUCCCUAUGGUGGUGGCUAUGGAUCAGGUGGUGGAAGUGGUGGAUAUGGUAGCAGAAGGUUUUAAAAAAACAGCAGAAAAGGGUGAAUGAGAACCCUACUUGCCUAAAUGAGGAAUGUCAUUCCUACCAUCUUAAAUACGAAGGUUUCUGGCUGGGUAAGGUUUGUAGCUCACAGUAAAACCUGAUAACACCAUUGGUUCCCCUACAAAUCCAUGCAACAGUUUGGAACAUUACCCCGUUAGUAGGGACACUGGCAGGAUCCUCAGUCUCAGUUUUAUUUUGGGUACCCUGUUGAACAAGUUCAAAGACUUGAGGCAGUUAACAUUCUGCAUUGGCCAUGAGUAUUUGUCAAAAGCCAGAUGUGGCCUCUUCAUACAUACCACUCACCAUUGGUAUCUAUGAUAAAAUCCAUUUUCUAUAAGGGAAACAAAAGUCAUGUUAGCUUUCCAGAAAAUAAUUUUUUGAAAUAAGGCUUCGAAUGAGCUACUAGUUCCUGCCCUGGGGAAAAUGGGGAGCUUUCACAGUGAGCAGGAUGCAUGCUUCUCUCCUCAAGGUUUGCUUGCGUAUCAGUUCACUAUCGUGGACCAUUAGGAACCAGCACUUUUACUUGUGUGUCUCCCCUCCAUUCUCUAAACACAGGGCCUCACUGUUGUCCUGGCCUGGAACAUAAUCCACUUGCCUGUCCCCCAAAUGCUGGCAUGGUUAAAGGGUGGUGCCUAAUUGUCACUCACGUUCCUUAAAAAACAAAAUCCAAAGAACAAUUGAGUUACUAUUCAGAUAAGUUGCUGAUUGUUCAUAAGGGCUAUUUUUUUUUUUUUGCUGCCUUGAAAGGGCUUUGAAAAUUGCUAAUUCAGGUUACUUUUUAAUAACUUCAGAGGACAAGUUCGCAAAAAUAAUGGUUAGAGAUGUUUUUCUCACAGGGAUGCCCUAUAUGUUUUCCCUUUACUAAGUUUGCUUGGUACUUCAAUCAGGACUGAAUUUACAUGACCAUAGGUUAUAAGGUAACAAUCUUUCAAUGGUGGUUCCUUCAUUUAGAGGAAUGCAUUUUUUAAAGCAGGCAUUUACUUUCCAUUUCCUUUCUGAAAUAAAAUGAUUUUACUUAAUGUGGUUCCACUGUCAUUUCUGCAAAAGCAUUUUACAUAAAAAAGGUUGACAGGAAACAGUUGGGUAAUUUUGUUUGACCUGUGGGAUAGUUCCAAUUUCACAUGUCUAAAAACUGCAUUCACAUGUCAAGAACAUGGGCCACUGAGAAAUGGGCUUGGUUUCAAUGAUUGUUAUAUUGCAAUUCCAAACAUUGCUGACAGUGAUGGGCAUGGGAAAUGGUAAGCAUGGGGGUGUGCAGGGUGCUGUGAGGAAUGGUAGUCUAGCCAAGUAUUCGUUCUUGAAUGUUUUUAUGACAGCAGAGGUGGUCUGUAUUGCAUUCAAUUGUUUAAUUUGUAGUAUAAUAAAAUGUUAACAGAUGACUUUUUCAUUAAAAUAUUUUUAGAAGUGUG